AUGGCUGGUCAUGUUGGCCUUGGUUUAAAAUGCUCCAAGGAAGUUGCCACUGCUAUUCGUGGGGCAAUCAUCUUGGCUAAACUAUCCAUCGUACCAGUACGACGAGGCUAUUGGGGUAACAAGAUUGGCAAGCCUCAUACUGUACCUUGCAAGGUUACUGGUCGUUGUGGGUCUGUUCUGGUGCAUCUGAUCCCAGCACCCCGUGGUACAGGAAUUGUAUCUGCCCCUGUUCCAAAGAAACUGCUGAUGAUGGCUGGAAUUGAUGACUGCUAUACUUCAGCUGGGGGUUGUACUGCUACCCUGGGCAACUUUGCUAAAGCCACCUUUGAUGCGAUCUCCAAGACCUACAGUUAUCUGACCCCUGACCUCUGGAAGGAGACUGUGUUCACCAAGUCUCCUUAUCAGGAAUUCACUGAUCAUCUGGCUAAGACCCACACCAGAGUUUCAGUGCAGAGAACCCAAGCAGCUGCUGUGGCAACUACUUAAAUGUUUUUGUACAAAAUAAAGUGAUAAG